GUCAAAAAAAUUAUUGCCCUUUCUGCAAUCAGUCAUUAAUUUGUCAAAUUUUCAAAAUAUGAAAUGAACUUUAGCAAUUUUUAUGUUGAUUGUGUAAUGUAUUUACAAUAAUUAUUUUAUUUCUUACAUAGCAAUCGAUUGGUGUUGCCUAUUUACAUAACAAAAGUGACCGGCAUAGGUUAUGAAUUGAAAAUAAUAUAUUCCUCUUGGUUAUUAUGUUAUAAGAAGUUUAUUGUUAAUCUUAGUUAAUAAAGAAGGGUGAGAAUAGCACAAUGUCGAGGAUAUUAAAUCAUCGUAUGAGAGCAUCAUUAAAAAAGCCAUCAUGGACACCUAUAGACAAGAGAGCAGUAGCAUUUUCAAUAUACACAGGUCGCAGCCUUAUAUUACACAAGUCUCUAGCUCCAACUCAUAUACCCAGAAGAAAGUAUGGCAUGCUAGUAGCGCGAGCUGUGAGAGGCAUGCUAAAGAUACGCUACUUACUACUUGGUGGGGCUGUUGGUGGUGGUAUGACUUUGAACAAGAAAUAUGCAGAAUGGAAAGAUGGUCUACCUGACAUGGGGUGGCUGAACGAAAUACUGCCAGAUAAUGAUCAAUGGGAUAAGUUCACAACUACCCUCAUUUCUGCUAAAGAUAAAAUUGGUGAUCAGUUGCAAAUUGGGGUCCCACUGACGCUGUCGGUGACCUCAGAUCCUCGGCUGCGGGAAGCGGGGCUGGCGCGCGCAUCCGAGCUACGUGAGUGGCUCUCGCAACGGUACGAGGAUGCAGUGGCUGCUGCCGCAGUCAACAACACAACCAGCAGCAUGGAGCCCGCACCAAAGAUAGUAAACAACUUGCAGAGCCGGCCGCCACCACCCUCUGCUGCUGGUCGAACUCCCGCUGAAGAGUCCGCUGCAUAUGAGAAAAGAAUCCACAGUCUCCAAGAAGAAGUGCUUUCGCUGCAGGCGCGCUACCAACGCGAGUUACAGAGACUGGAGCAAGAGAACAGAGAGUUGCGACAGCAGAACAUGCUGCUCAGGCAGGGCAGGCAACCACCUACCAAGAAGAUGAAGCGCUCCCUGAUCGACAUGUACUCGUCGGUGUUGGACGAGCUGGCGGGCUGGGAGGCGGGCGAGGCGGGCCGCCUGCCGCGCGUCGUGGUGGUGGGCGACCAGUCCGCCGGCAAGACCUCCGUGCUGGAGAUGAUCGCGCAGGCGAGGAUCUUCCCGCGGGGGGCCGGUGAAAUGUGCACGCGAGCGCCAGUGAAAGUGACGUUGUCAGAAGGACCCUACCACGUGGCUCAGUUCAGAGAUUCCUCCCGCGAGUUCGACCUUAAUAAGGAAUCCGAUCUUGCUGAUUUGAGAAAGGAAGUGGAGAUGCGUAUGCGUAACAGCGUGCGUGGAGGCCGUACGGUGUCCACGGAAGUGAUAGCGAUGUCGGUGCGCGGCCCGGGCUUGCCGAGGAUGGUGCUUGUGGACUUGCCCGGCGUUAUAUCGACUCAAACGGUGGACAUGGCGGCAGAUACGAGAGAAGCAAUCAAACAGAUGACCAAGCAAUACAUGGACAACCCUAAUGCUAUUAUUCUGUGUAUACAGGACGGUUCAGUGGACGCGGAGAGGAGCAAUGUGACCGACCUGGUGGCGUCGUGUGACCCGCAGGGCAAGCGCACCAUCUUCGUGCUCACCAAGGUCGACCUCGCUGAAGAGAACCUCGCCAAUCCCAAUCGGAUCCGUCGCAUUCUAGAAGGCAAGCUGUUCCCGAUGAAGGCGCUGGGCUACUACGCCGUGGUGACGGGCCGCAGCCGCAAGGACGAUUCCAUCCAAAGCAUUCGCGAAUACGAGGAGCGGUUCUUCCGGUCUUCCAAGCUGUUCAAGGAGGGUCUGGUGGCGGCGGCGCAGGUGACCACGCGCAACCUGGCGAUGGGCGUGGCCGACUGCUUCUGGCGCAUGGUGCGCGACUCGGUGGAACAGCAGGCCGACGCUUUCAAAGCCAUGCGGUUCAACUUGGAGACGGAGUGGAAGAACACGUUUCCGAGACAGCGCGAGCUGGAUCGCGACGAGCUGUUUGAGCGCGCGCGAGCGGAGCUUCUAGACCAGUCGGCUGAGCUAUCGGCCGUGCCCGCCGCAGCCUGGGAGCAACGCCUCCACGGCGCGCUGUGGGCUUCCACUGCCGAGCGCGUCUUCAGCGGCAUCUACCUGCCCUCCGCUGCGCAGGCGCACGACGACGUCGACAAAUUCAACACGUCAGUGGAUAUCAAGUUACGGGAAUGGGCGGAGAGUGAACUGGCGCGUCAGUCCAUCGAGGCGGGACGGGAGGCUUUACGCGAGGAGUUCGACGAGCUGCUGGCGCGCUCGGCUGACACGGACGCCGUGUACGAGCCUGUGAAGAAGGCAGCUGUCGAGGAGGCACUGGCGCGGCACCAGUGGGAGGAGAGGGCGCAGGAUGUUUUGCGCGUACUGCAAGUGAACGCGCUGCAGGACCGCUGCGUGCGCUCGCGCGCCGAGUGGGACGCCGCCGUCGCGCUCAUGGACACGGCGCUGCGGGAGCGACUGACGGCUGUCGAGGCCGACCUGAAGGCUCUUACAGGUCCAGGGUUCCGAGACCGCUGGCUGCGCUGGCAGUACACGAGCGAGGAGCAGGCGCGCCGCGCGGAGGUGCGCACCGAGCUGGAAAAACUGGGUUCCAACCGACCGGCGCUCUCCUACGACGAGGUGGUGGCAGUGCGGGACAACCUCCGGCGUCGCGGCGUGGAGGUGGACAACGAAUACAUACGAGAAACUUGGCGCCCCGUGUACUUAAGGAACUUCCUUCAGCGAGCGCAGGCGCGCGCGCGGGAUUGUAAGAAGAGCUUCUAUCUGUACAGCCAGCAGAACGGACAAGAGAAGGAGUGCUGCGAAGUGGUGAUGUUCUGGCGCGUGCAGGCGGCUCUGCGCACAACCGCCAACGCGCUGCGCCAACAGAUCGCCAACAGAGAGGCGGCGCGCCUCGACCGGGACCUGCGCGAAGUGCUAGACGAGAUGUCAGCAGACCCUGAACUGAAGAAGAAACUGCUCUCCGGCAGACGAGUAGAUCUUGCUGAAGAACUUAAACGCGUAAGGCAGGUCCAAGAAAAACUAGAAGAGUUUAUAGAAGCUUUAAACAAAGAGAAAUAGUCAUUUUUGUCUGUUGGCCACCGAACUUGGAAGUACGCAACAAACUUGUUUAACCUAUACAAUGCGGGGAUUUUUUCAUGCAUUUGCGAAUUUGUUAAUGCAAAAUAUUACACGUUUAGAUUUAUAUUUACGUAAAAUGCUAUUUGUUGUUACGAAAUGAGAAAGGAACAUGAAUUGCAGUAAUGAAGAUUUAUAAUUAGCUUUUUUUAAAUGAUUUUGUAAAGUUAUAUUGUUGAAUUAUUGUUACCUUCUACAUGAAAUAUGACGUUCGAUAUUUUCAGCAUAUUAUGAAUAAUAAGUAUUUUUCAAAAACAUAUAAUCUACCACGAAACAAGAGAUAAUGUUUAUGUAAUUAUGUAAAUUUCAAUAGGUUCGUAAAUUUUCGUUUGGUCAAGUUAUAAAUGGAUUCAUUUUUUACGGCGAUCGGUGUGGCUCGCACUGAAUGGAUUAAGGUCCGUUUAUAUCUACAGACAUUUAGCGUUCCAGACACGUGCCGUGGCAGACAAAAUAAUAUUCUUGUAUACAUUUUAUUAUUGACAUAUUUAUAUCUAUAGUAACGCGGCCGCGCAGACGUUGACAAAAGAUAUAAAUACGUUAAUAAACACUCUAUAGAAGAAUAUUAUUUUGUCUGGCACGCUAAAUGUCUGUAGAUAUAAACGGACCUUUAAAGGUGUUGGUCGAAGAGCCGGUGGGCAUUUUUGGUAAGUAUUUAGGCAAGCAGAAAAUUGUACUGGACCUCUUCUAUACUACUUUUACGACAUAUCUCGUUAAGAGAAAAUGACAUAAUCAGCCAAUAACGCCGAACUGAAAAUAUUGCUACCUUUUUCGUCCCAACGCAACGAAAGGGAGAGCUAUAUAUCGGGUUCGGCGUUAUUCAAUAUGUAAUUUUUUCUCUAAGUGAUAUCUCCUGGCCUACAGUAGGCCUACUGGAGACCUGUGGUGCUAACAUGCGAUCAAAUGAAGUGAAAUACACGAAAUAUCGUCCAAUAGCAACGAAGUUGUCCCAGUCCCAUAUCUUUCGUACCAACGCAAUGAAAGAGAUAUUUUCUAUUGCAACGCCAUUGGUUGAAAUUUGUCUAUUUCCCUACACGAGAUUAUCUCGUUGGUCGCAUGUUAGCGCCCCUGGCUGGGAAAUAGUGGACCUAUAUCUCCAAAGUGAGAAUUUUUCUGCAAUAAAUAUCCAUAGAUCAGAUUGUAUAGUCGGGUCUUUGACUUUGUCAAAUGCUUGUAGAACUAUUUUGCAAAUUAUUUAAAAUACCCGACUAAUUUAUAGUAUAAAAUAGGCAAGGCACAAUUUUUUCAAAUGCCUACUCAAAUGUGUUAAUCGGCUCUUGAGCUAUGUUAGCGCUGUACACGAAAAAUUUAUUAUAUCUGCGUCGAUAUGAUUCAAUGAAAUACGAAUAGGUAUAGUCGGAUGCAAUCUUUAUGACGUUUCCAUCGUGCGUUAAGCUGCGCAUACAAGAUUUUAGGUAUGCCCGGUACGCAGGGGCGCGGCGCCAGGGCAUCAUACCGCGCGCGCCUCCUGCCUUCCCAAAGUCUCACGCGUCGUGAUUUUAUUUAUUUGUAUGUCUUAAUUGCAGCAAAAGAUUUUUUAUUUGGAACAACAAAAUCUUAGAACUAAGGAUAAAAUGCAGUGCAAGAGGCGACCUUAUCUCUAAUAGUGAUCUCUUCCAGGCUACCGAACAUGCAGGAGUACAUAAACCAGUGAAACGGGUAGUCGCAAUAACACAAUUUACUAACAAUAAACUACAUACAGUUUUUUCCAGUGUCUGUGUGUAUUUAUACAUUAUUAAGUGUUUAUAUCAUCAUCAUCAUAUCAGCCGAUGGGCGUCCACUACAAGACAUAGGCCUUUUGUAGGGUCUUCCAAUUACAUCACGAUCCUGAGUCGCCUGCAUCCAGCGAAUCCCUGAGACUCGCUUGAUGUCGUCAGUCCACCUGGUGGGGGGUCGACCUACACUGCUCUUACUAGGGCGGGGUCGCCAUUCCAGCAAUUUAUAUAUACUAUAUAAAUGUCUAUGAAUAUUACAAUAUCAAUUAUCUUAGUACCCAUUACAUAAGGUACUCUGUAUGCUUACUUUGGGACUAGAUAGUGAUGUGUAUUGUUUGAGUAUAUUUUUUUUAUACAUUAAUAAUAAUCUUUGACAAUCUAAGAUGGAUGUAACCUAUUUUAUAAAUGAUUAGCACGUACCUGUUACUUAUUUCGGAGACGUCAUAAAGAUUGCGUCCGACUAUACGUGUUUACUACCCAUGGGCAUAAGUGGAAUAGUUGCAUUCGAACUAAGCCUUAACAAAACCCAAAUUCGGAGCUCCAAGUUCUGUGUUGGCUAACAUGUACAUUAUUGUAGGUAAAAAGUUUACUUUUACUGACUCGAUGUAUUUAAAUUAAUCUCGAUUAAGUUAUAUUUAUAAUAAAAUGUUGCACAAAAAUUAUAA